AUGGCCGCUACCGCCAUGCUUGAGUAUGCGUCUCAUGCGCCAGAACCUCUACCAUAUCCCAGGCUCUCAAAACAUCAUCUGUUGCCAUCUGGAACCCCAGACUACUUGAGGCUGAUCCUCACCUCGAAAGUCUAUGAGGUCCUGAAAGAAACACCACUGUUUUACUGCCCUAAUCUCAGCGCACGGUUCGGAAACCAGAUAUGGCUGAAGCGUGAGGAUCUUCAGGAGGUCUUCAGCUUCAAGAUCAGGGGCGCGUACAAUUUCAUGGCUAAUAUCAGCGAGGAAGAGCGGUGGAAGGGUGUGGUUACAUGCAGCGCGGGAAAUCAUGCGCAAGGCGUAGCACUGUCAGGCUCGAAGCUCGGGAUACCGUGCACGAUAGUAAUGCCUAAAGGCACCCCGGCCAUCAAGGUUCGCAACGUAUCCCGACUCGGCGCAAAAGUGGUACUGUAUGGACAAGACUUUGACGAGGCAAAAGCCGAAUGCGCCCGCCUGGCAUCUGCGCAUGGCCUCAUCUUUGUGCCUCCUUACGACGACCCGCUCGUGGUUGCUGGCCAGGGCACGAUUGGCAUGGAAAUCCUGAAGCAGAUGUCCGACGCAGACACCCUCGAUGCGAUCUUCGCAGGGGUCGGCGGCGGCGGCCUGAUAUCUGGAAUAUUGGAGUACGUGAAGAGAAUCGGCUCCCCGGACACAAAAGUCAUUGGCGUCGAGACCGUCGAUGGUGACGCGAUGGCACGUAGCCUGGAGAAGGGCGAGAGAGUGACGCUGGAAGAGGUCGGACCAUUCAGCGACGGCACGGCCGUGAAGAUAGUCGGUGCAGAGCCGUUUAGGAUCUGCAAGCAACUGCUCGACGAGAUCGUGAAGACAGACAACGAUGAGAUCUGUGCUGCCAUCAAGGAUGUCUUCGAGGAAACGCGCUCCAUUACCGAGCCAGCGGGGGCAUUAGCACUGGCAGGUCUCAAAAGAUAUAUUCUCAACAAUCAGCUGGUCGGCGCACAAAAGAAGUUCGUCGCGGUAGUGAGCGGUGCAAACAUGAACUUCGACCGGCUACGCUUUGUCGCCGAGCGUGCUGAGCUCGGUGAGGGGCGCGAAGCGUUGCUCAGCGUCGAGAUGCCCGAGAAACCGGGAAGUUUCAUCAAGUUGCACAACAUCAUCCACCCGCGCGCGACGACCGAGUUUAUCUACCGCUACAGCAACCCGGAGCGGGCGCACAUCUUCAUCUCAUUCAAGCUAGAGACCAACCUUCGCGAGAAGGAGGUCGGCGAUGUACUUGCAGCGCUGGAUAAACAGGAUAUGAAGGGGUUCGAUAUAAGCGACGACGAGAUGGCCAAGACACAUACGCGCUAUAUGAUCGGCGGCUGUCAGAACGUGCCCAACGAGCGAUUGUUCCGAUUCGACCUUGGAAAAGUCCUCGCCGCCAUCCAGGUGCCUCCAAGCGACGCGAAGGAAUUCAAUGGCUUUUUGAACAACCUGGGAUAUCCAUACGUAGAAGAGACCGAGAACGAGGUGUACAAACGCUAUUUGAGGUGCUAA